UGUUCAGUGUACGGCUUUUUCUGUAUCUCCCACAAAUACAUUUUUGACCGUUGGGGUUUUCACAGAGAAGAAGAAGCUGGAAAAUGGGUGCUCGUGGGAGGAAAAGAGCUGCUCCGGUGAACACCGACAAUGUCGAUUGCAAUACCCAGAAAAAUUCAGAGUACGAACAGUUGAGGGAAAAAAGAAUCAAAGAAAAUCUUGAGAGGAUGCAAAAGUUGGGGAUUUUUGACAUAUCACUCAAACUCAAGCCUGUUAGGACACCCAUCGUUCGCAAAACCCCUCAGCGUCUCUCUCCUGUGCAGCGUUCUGGACCCACGCGCCGGUCCUCCAGGCUGCAGAGUGCGACACCAGUUAGCUAUUCAGAGGUGCAUCUGUCGAAGAUUGAUGACUCCUUGGAUGGUAAGCAUCAUUUGUUGAGGGAGGAAGGGGCAAAGCCAGAGAUUUACACGGAAGAACACGAGAAAUUGUUGGGUUCCACUGAUUUGAGCUGGACUUUUUUUGUGGAUGGAUAUGGAAAUGAUGGGAAGAGAAUCUAUGAUCCAGUCAAAGGAAAAACUUGUCAUCAGUGCCGACAGAAAACUCUUGGUCAUCGUACUCAUUGUAGCAAUUGCCAAAUUGUUCAAGGACAAUUCUGUGGAGAUUGCUUGUAUAUGAGAUACGGAGAACAUGUACUCGAAGCGAACAAGAAUCCGAAUUGGCUUUGCCCUGUUUGUCGAGGAAUAUGUAACUGCAGCUUGUGCCGGCAAGCAAAAGGUUGGGCUCCUACUGGUGCUCUCUAUAGGAAGAUUGCUAGACUGGGUUAUAAGUCAGUCGCACAUUAUCUAAUUCAAACCCAUCGAGCUACUGUCAGUACCGAGAAUAACUUGACACCAUUCUCUGCAAAAAGAUCACUACCUUUCUCAGAUAUGGAAGGUACAAGAAAAGAUGAGGGACUCUGUGAGGUGAAACCAGUGGCGUAUGUGGCGUAUGAUGCUAAUGAACCCAAUUUAGCUCCAGAAAGUAGUACAGAGCCUUUGCUGCUGAAACCUUAUCCUGAAAACAGUGGUACAGAUCUUGUUCUCUCAGGCGACAAUGUGGGAAACUUCUCAACAGACAACAAAUCAGGAAAUGCAAAUGCUGUGCUGGUGGUAGGUAGCUCAUUGACUUCUCAAACAGAGAUGAAACCAGUGGACUAUGAUGGCCAUGAGCCCAACUUAGCACCGGAAAGUAGCACAGUGCCCUUGCUGAAGUCCAUCGUUGAACCCUUGUUGCUACUGAAACAUGACUCCGAAAACAGUGCAGGAAAUAUCUCAGUAGCCAACAAAUCAGGAAAUGAAAAUGUCGUGCUGGUGGGCAACUCACUGACUUCUCAAACAGAGGUGAAACCAACCUUAUUACCAGAAAGUAGCACAGAGCCCUUGCUGAAGUCCAUUGCUGAACCCUUGUUACUACUGAAACAUGACUCUGAAAACAGUGGUAAAAAUCUUGUGCUCUCAUGUGAUAAUGCAGGAAACUUCUCAGCAGACAACAAAUUAGGAAAUGAAAAUGCCGUGCUGGUAGGCAGUGCAUUGACUUCAAGUACACCCGUGCUUACUGAAUUGAAUGAUGUCUUCAAAGGCGAGUCACAGCUUAGUGAUGAAUUUGACAUUGGAAAAACGCAAUCAAAAGAAGAAAAAGAGGACAGCAUUUGUGUCUUGGAUGACAAAAACUGUGAUGAGGUUGCACCAGAAGUAAGUUCAAAGUCGAAGAAGAAGCCUUGUCGAGCUGCUGCCACACAUGUCUUUGAUACUAUUGCUGGAAGACUAAGGCAGAGACGUGGAAGAAGCAAUCUGGAAGCAUAACAUCUCGAGUAACAAAAUAGCGGGAUGGUCUUUUGCACCCGAAACAGGUUACGACGUUUAAUGGUUAAGCUUAUUUGCUGUGAACAAAGGUCUAGGUGACUGGUGGUUUUUGCUAAAUGUAAUAUAUAUAACCUGUUUAAGGGUGUCUUUUUGCAAAACUUUUUAACUAAAGUUAACUGAAGUGAUCCAAUAUGAAAUCUGCUUCUGAGGUUAGUCAAAUAA